GGAGAAUGAAGCUGGGUAGGCGUCGAAUGUGCCGCUGGAUUCUACAACUGCAGUUUACCUCGUGCGGUCUCCUAGGAAACGGCAUGUGGCCAAUCGGCAGGUAGCGUUCUCUUCGUCAUGGCAACACUCGAGACGCGUUCGGAGAUGAAGGCCUGGCAAGUCCUGGCACCGCGUUGAUCCAGAGCCCGGGGGAGAGCGGGGAUUAGCCGCUUACUAGCUGCUGGGACAGAGCGUGGUAUUGGAGGCUCAGUAUCCGUGCACAGGCCCGAGUAAUAGUCACACUGCUGUUUGGGACAUAUUGAUUCUGUGUACGCCGCUAGAAACACCUAGUGUAACAUGUUCAAGGCAAAAGUGCUUAUUGUUGGACCCAGUGAGGUAUGGAUGGCACUAAUUUGCUUUAACGUGGAAUUAGUAUUAUAGCCAUAAAAAACUACACAUGCAGGCUCCUUGUCAUGUGCAGCACUCUCACUGUGUGUGUGUGUAGGUAUAUGUAUGUAUAUUUGAGGAGGUGGGCAGUUAUACUACAUAAUGCACCUUUGAAAAUGUGCUUUAUAAUUUUACAUAAUUUUCAAUAAUAUACAUAUGCAAUAAUGGGGCAUCUGUUUCUGGUGGGCAUAAUUGCAUGCAAAGUAAUGCAGAUGCCAGUAGCAUUCAGGGCCGGUGCAAGGAUUUGUGCUGCCGUAGGCAAAGAUCCAUUUUGCUGCCCCCUCACUCACUCACUGACAGAUGUACACUCACUCACUCACUGACUGACACACACCAACAACUCACUAACAGACAUAUACUCACUGACAGACACACACACACACACACACACUUACUGACAGACAUACACUCACUCACUGACAGACACUCACUAACAUACAUACAUACAUACAUACACACACUCACUGACACACACACGGAAACUCACUAACAGAUAUACACUCACUGACACACACACACACACACACACACAAAUAGACACUCACUGACUGACAGACACACACACUCACUGACUGACAGACACUCACUCACUCACAGACACACACACUGACAGUCAAACACUCACUGACACACAGACUCACAGAAUUUAAUUUUUUGUGGCCCAUCCAGCCUCCCUGGGGUCCAGUGUGGGGCAGCUCCUCACUCCUCCAGUGCGCUGUUUAGUAUACCUGGGCAGAAUGACGUCAUAUUCCGGCUUCGGCAUCACAGAGGGCGCGCGAGGGAGGAGUGUGAGGCUGCAAGAACAGCUCCCUCGCCGCCUGCCUUCUCCGUCCCCCUCUCCUCAGGUCACCGGCCUUUGUUGGCAGAGCAGGCACCUGCCAUCAAGAUAACCUAGCACUGCAUCGGGGGCCAGAGGGCCACCUCCUGGCCCCCCUGUGACAGGGCUCUUCUUGGCGCCCCCACCUUCAGGCGUCUUGACGAUCGGCCUGGCGUUGGGGGCGGCUCAAGAGCCGCUCGCCCAGCGCUGCAGCCCCAGACAGGGGCAGGCAGCUCACCAGGAAACAUCCCGGUGGGUGCCCCCAGCAGGCCAGCGCCCUAGGUGAAUGCCUAGUUCGCCUAACAGUUGCACCGUCCCUGACUACAUUAAAGGGAAACUUUAGGCGCCCAGACCACUUAAGCUCAUUGAAAUGGUCUGGGUGCAGUGUUCAGGUCCCCCUUAGUCCUGGCAUGUAAACAUUGCAGUUUUAGAGAAACUGCAUUGUUUACAUUACAGCACUAAGACAGCUUCUAGUGGCUGUCUACCAAACCGAUAUAAGAGGCGCUAACGGGAUUUUACUGGACUUUAGGCCUCCUAACUGACACUGGACAUCCUGAUGCUCUGCAUGAGGACAUCCAGCAUCAUUGAAAUCCCCAUAGUAAAUCAUUGAUUCAGUACUUUCCUAUGGGGAGGGCCUAAUGCACUCGCAUGCGAGGGACACCAGCACUGGAGUAGGGUAAGUGAUUAAAGGGUUUUUAACCCUUUAUUGUCUGGUUGGACCAGAGGGCUAUAGUGUUAGGAAUAUCACUAAUGUCAUUGAUGUGUAUUUAUUUUUUGAAAGUCUAUUGCAUAUUUCCUUGCAUCAAGUGUUCACUAAUUGCUUCAGAUCAAAGGGAAACACGCAUACUUAAGGCAUUGGAUGCCAGUGAAAUACUAACUUGAUUUUUUUUGGAGGGUGUGAGGGCUGUGUUUUUAAUACCUGUGAUUGAAUUAAGUUAUUACUAUUUUUUUUUUGUUUGUUUCUUUACAUGCAGUGUGGCAAAACAGUUUUAGCUAAUUUCUUGGCAGAUGCUACCGAAACUAUAGGUGGAGAAUACAACCCAACUCAAGGUGUUAGGUAAGUUGCCAGUAUUUUAAAGUUUACAUCUGUCAGAUUUGUAAAAAAUUAUUUAUUCAAGGAUUUAUUGAUAUACUAACCAUCAUUUAAAUGUGAAUAACAAAACCUUCUAUGAUCGGUGGUGUGUUUACCUGCAAGAUUUCCCAUUUUUCCUUUUAAUAAGAGAGACGCAACUGGAGCAUCUUGUAAACAAAUACACCAAUUUGUUUUAAGCUACCUCCCUAAGGACUCCCAUUUCCCAGGUGUAUCAUUUUUCUUCAGUUCUAGAGCAGUCAGGCAGGGAGCACUUCACUCACUCACAAUUAUUCAUUAAACACAAGAUUUUGUUUGGUUGCACAAAGUCUGAUGGAAAAGACCGAAUUCCGAUCGCAAUACCAAUUCUCCUAUAUACUAAAGCUAAAUACAGUUGGGCCGCGCAAAUGAGCAGCAUCUUAUUAGAGCGCUCUGAUUGGUUGGUUUUAGUCCUCUGUCAGAUAAGUCUCAGUUUUCUCGAUACUUGAUGCGGGAAAAAUUCUCUAAUAAGAACGUAAAGCAUUUGAAAGCCUUUAUAAAGACCUCGUAGGGCGAAGAUGAAUUUAUCUGUUUGCAUCAUGGUUUUGUAUUUUUGCAUUCAGGUUUUUUUUUUUUUUUUUAAAUGUUGCUGCGCGGGAUUAUAUGUUUUUUUUUUUUAUUUGGCUUUUUUUUUUUGGGACAACAAAUGAAGGAAAAAAUACUUCAGAAGAUAAGUAUAAUUUAUUUAUUAAAGGAGCACUAUAGGGUCAGUAAAACAAACUGAACAAACCUCUAUCUAGCCCCCUUUGCCUUCCUAAAGAUAGUAAAAUCUUACUUGUAUUCAAGUCUGAAGCUGCUGCCUCUGCCUGUGAACUUCCUCUGACAUCAUCAGAAGUAGUGGCCUGAUCCAAUCACAAUGCUUCCCCAUAGGAUUGGCUGAGACUGACAAGGAGGCAGAUCAGGGGCACAAUUCAAACACAGCCCUGGCCAAUCAGCAUCUCCUCAUAGAGAUGAAUUGAAUCAAUGAAUCUCUAUGAGAAAAGUUCAGUGUCUGCAUGCAGUGGGAGGAGAUACUGAAUGUUUGGAUGCAUUUUAGGCAGCCAUGAACCAGGAAGGAUCUCUAACAGCCAUCUGAGGAGUGGCCAGUGAAGUUAUCACUAGGCUGUAAUGUAAACACUGCAUUUUCUCUGAAAAGACAGUGUUUACAACAAAAAGCCUGAAGUUAAUGAUUCUACACACCAGAACAAAUUCAAUUAGCUAUAGUUGUUCUGGUGACGAUAGUGUCCCUUUAACACUUGUCUGCUCCCGAUGAGCCUUUUAUCAGUUCAAAUCAAUUUAAUUUCCUCUGUUUAAGGUUCAUGUUGCUAUGAAUAAUAUUGAUUUAGAAAAAUAUUGGAAAUCUUUCUUAUACUUAAUGCUGAAAAUAUCGGAUCAAGGACAUAAUCCUCGAUAUAUCUGGCACUGAUUUUUUUGCCCAUUAGGAAAAUAGUUUUAAAACAGCCAGUGGUCAAUAUGACCCCCACAUUAGAACAAGGGAGGUUUAACACCUCUACAAUGCCUCCACUCGCUAUGAGUGCUGUUCAGACAAUAGUAUUUUUAUGCACUGUGUUUUGCGGAGGGUGUGGAAGGUACUUCCAAAGCAAAUUUAUUCGAUAUUAUUUCUCAAGCAGCAGAUCUGUUUGCCGGGUUCAGUUUCUAGAAUUUCCUCUGGCAUUAAAUCCGGUCAAAAUUCAAUAAAAAUAUCACCCGAAGCCAGUCAAUAUUUAUCAACCGUUUCUGACCUUCAGAAUGGAACCGAUGCCUUUGUGUAUAUUUAAAGGCACUUCUGCCAAAUGUAUCAUUAGAUGCAGCUCUGUCAUCAAGCCUGAAAUGCAGGAUUACCAUGUUCUGAGUGGCUUAAAUGAGUGGCUACUUUUUGGGUUUACUGACACUGCCACAGAGCUGUAUUUUGAGGCACUAUAGACAUAUAGUGUUUUUUUUUUUGUUUUUGUUUUUUUUUUUUCAUCUUUAAUUAAAUGAACUCUGUAGUGUUAGGAAUAAAAAGAUGUAUUCCAACACUAAUGUGUUCCUCAGCACCAACGGUAGAUAGGGACUGCAUUGAAUAGGAAGAUUCUGAAGGACACUUAAUUGGAGAAGCAGGGUGGGAAAUCGAGAUCCCAAAGAGGAAAUAAGUAACUUUUCUGUAAGCAGAAUACUAUAAUUUAGUGGCUUGUUGUUAAUGUGUAUGGACCAAUGCCAGUUCAAAUAAUCCCUUAAGUACAUGGAUAAUCCAUUUAUAUAUUUAUGUAGGAGGAUAAAACACUGGCUUCCUGGUUCCAUGCUCACUAAUGUGGAAAAAUGUAUAUGCUCGAUUUACAUGAAAACCAUAUGGCCUAGACAUUAAUGUGUUCACUUAUUAUUGGAGAGUGUGUGUGCCCUAUUAAUUAUCAGUUAAUACCAUGUCAAAUCAGAUUAAGUGGUUUUCUUGGUUUAUAUGUGGAUAUUAUGGUAUUUGACCUGAGUUUUUGAUACAAAACAGCUUGGUAUUUUAUUUUAUUUUUGCUAUAUAUGCCAGUUUAUGGGUUUAUUCAUUUGAAUUCAAUCUUCUUGAAAGUAGUAGCAAUUUAUUCCAUGUAGUCAUACCUUAAAAUGGGAAGGGAAUUUAACACAUUACCUCUGUUUAACUUGGUAUGUCCAAUGAGAAAUCAGACUCCCAUUUCUAUGUUUGAUUCCAUAGUAUGUUAUUGAUUGCUGUUUAUUAUAGGAAAAGCUAGCUAUACCGAUCAGGGUACCAGCAAGGUCAACCUGCUUUUUUUACCCCUUUUUUUGCAGCCUUAUUAGGGGUUUAAUUCUCCUCCUUACCAUUUGAGGUGGGAAUGCACUCAACAAUUUUCUGUAGAUUUAGGCUGAUCUAAUGCUACAAGUUGGUGUUUAUAUGCCUGUAUACAGUUAAUUUCAGCAAAAUGAAGCUCCUCAAUUUACUUUCAGGUUUGUGUGUAUUUCUGACAUAUUUUUUCUGUUUAAUAUUUGAUUCAUAUAUUUAGUAAAACUUAACAUUUUAACAAAACCUUUUACAUGUUUUGAUACAUUUUAUAAAACUGUGUAGUUUAGUCAUCUCAAGCUCUUCAUAAUAUAAGAUAAACUAUAGAAUGGCUGAUGUGUCUCAAGCGGUUUAAAAAUAGAAAUAUUGUUCUUAAUUCUAGAAUUCUAGAAUUUGACUGUCCAAGUGUAAAUGGGAAUAAAGGCCCUGGUUGUGAAGUUGAACUAUGGGACUGUGGAGGAGAUCACAAGUAAGUGAAAUGCUGAGUGUAAAUAUAUACCUUGAGUCGUUUUUGUGGGUUUAGCACGAUAGACCAUGUUAAAACAUCUCUGGGGGCCACUCUAAAGGUGUGCCAUUGCAGUUACAGUAAGACUUAAUGAGCUAUGGUGAAAAGGGUUAAAUAAAUGAAGUAAAAAUGGUUAAACUGGGAGGUGAUGCAUAUCAAGGGCAGACAAUUAUUUAAGAAACCUCUCAUUUACAACCCUUUCCGACAGUUCUUAUUACUCAAGUUUAGCCAUAAAAUAGCUCAUUCUAAGGUUAGCGAUUACAAGCUUUUUUCAAACACCAAUAUUUAAAGAGUUGGUGGUAGGAGUCUCUAUGUGCAGCAUUUCAGCGUGAAAUGCUGCACAUACAAAUAUAUACGCACUUGUGUGCCGGGAGCUAGUUACACCUUUGGCACAUGUGAUUUACGCUGCUCGUAACUCUGUUCCAAGUGGCCUAAUGUCAAUUCUGUCCAUGUUUUACAUCUGUCAUCAGCGUGCUGGCGACAGACGUGCUUAACUUCCACUCUGUCUGCAAGAGGACGCUCAUUCUCCACUAAUAUUGGCAAUAAUAAGGCUGUGAAACAUUGUCUUUAUUGCUUAACCUUUUUAUCUUUUGUUAAAUAAAAAUACACAAAAAUAAUCUGCUUUUUUGGAUAUAAAACAAUUGCAAACACCGGUUUAUCUAAAAAAAAAAAAAAAAUCUGUUAAAUAUAUGUGUGGCACCAUUAUUUUUAGUUCAUACUUUGGUCACUUUUUUAGUUCAUACUUUGUGCUACCUCCCGUUCCCCAGAAACUCUUGAGUCUUUUCAGUGCAAAAACAACUUUCUAACAGUAGGUAUUGCUGUAAAACCAUUUUGCCCAUCAUAACCCCCAUUUAAAAUAUUGGAUUUUCCUCAGAUCAAAGUGACAAGAGUGGCUGUAGUUGUACAUAUAGUUGUUAGUAACCGUGUGUAUGUGUAUGUAUAUGUGUGUAUAUAUAUAUAUAUAUAUAUAUAUAUAUAAAACAAUGUUUUUCUUGGCACUCACCCUUUCAAAUGUGUAGCUCAAUAUCGCCUGGGUGCAAUCCCAUGUAGAUAAAAUAUAUAGAGGAUAAAGAGAUGCACUCUCAGGACUUUGAAAAAAUAGUUAAUUUAUUCCAGCAGGUAUAACAUCAAAGUUUGCCGACAUUUCGACCCAUUCGGGUCUUUCUCAAGGUCAAUGUACCUGUGCUUACAAGCCAUUUAUAUAGGACAUAAAAAGAAGUACUCACCAAUCUGUGAAGAACCCCCUGAAUCCCUCCGUGCACACCCGGAAGUGAAACCGGAAAUAGAACCCACGAUCACAUGAUCCAUGCACAAGUGAUCAUGUGGUGUUGCUAAGAUACCGAUAGGAAAACAAUUAAUUAUAAGAUCGGUAAAUAUCUCAUAGAUGUGCAAGUGAAAUGUCUAAUAUCAAUCUAUUGAUGAAAUCUGAUUAAAGUGCAGAGUGCAUAAAUCCGCAAAAAUGCAGCCUAAUAUAAAAAAAUAAGCAAAGAUCAUAAGAUCAAAUAUACUGUGUAAAGUGUCACCAUAUAUCUAAAGAAGUGAUCAAAAUAAAGAAUGUUAUGUUAAAAACAUUUCACCAACCAUGUCAAGUUUAGAAGGCAUUUAGCUGAAGCAAUCUAUAACAUAAAAAAAUAGAUUGAUAUUAGACAUUUCACUUGCACAUCUAUGAGAUAUUUACCGAUCUUAUAAUUAAUUGUUUUCCUAUCGGUAUCUUAGCAACACCACAUGAUCACUUAUGCAUGGAUCAUGUGAUCGUGGGUUCUAUUUCCGGUUUCACUUCCGGGUGUGCAUGGAGGGAUUCAGGGGGUUCUUCACAGAUUGGUGAGUACUUCUUUUUAUGUCCUAUAUAAAUGGCUUGUAAGCACAGGUACAUUGACCUUGAGAAAGACCCGAAUGGGUCGAAACGUCUGCAAACUUUGAUGUUAUACCUGCUGGAAUAAAUUAACUAUUUUUUCAAAGUCCUGAGAGUGCAUCUCUUUAUCAUAUAUAUAUAUAUAUAUAUAUAUAUAUAUAUUUACAGGUAUAAUGGCACUCACCCUUGCUGAUGCCACAGUAGUUAGCUCAAUGCCCUGGUGCUAUCCCACGCUGAACUUAUAUACAAUAUAUGCAUAGAAAGGAUGCACUCUCCGGUCUUCCAAAGUUAGAAAAGUAUUUAUUCCAUCAAACGGUAUAUAAUAAAGUGAUCAACGUUUCGACCCUUGAGGAAGACCCGAAUGGGUCGAAACGUUGAUCACUUUAUUAUAUACCGUUUAAUGGAAUAAAUACUUUUCUAACUUUGGAAGACCGGAGAGUGCAUCCUUUCUAUGCAUAUAUUGUGUAUAUUUGAAUUUUUGGGGAUAACCACCGCCCCCAGUAAUUCUACAUAUUAUUUACUAAAGACAUAGAGCUGGCAAUUGUAAUUCAUACUUUAUAGCUCAUGCUAUCCCUCUGGCCUUGUGCAGAUCUUCGCAUCUAAGAACUGUAAAUAUUAUAGCUAGUUUAUUAAUAUAUUGCCAAUAAAUUUGAUGGAACUGUCCUGCAAAAUGGAUCAGAUUUAUAGAAAACCAGGUAUCUUGCAUCCAGUAAACAGUGUUUGUUUACACAUUUUUUUUUUUACUUUACUUUGAAAAAAUGCAUUAUGUCCUUUUCUAAAUUAAGUUAUAAUGGUGCCACGAGGCCCCUGAGCACACUCUUACCUUAAGAGGUUAAACUGUUCUCAAAUGGUUUAACCCAAAAGUUGCAUCCGGCACCAAUCUCUAGGUUCUGAAUCUCAGUUACAGGAAGCGUUGAUUGGCUAGAGUGGUCGUCUGACAUUUUAACCAACAGUCCCCUUGCUCGGUGGAACUCUGCGUUUCCUGUAACUGAAAUUCAAAAGCCAGAUGCUGCCUGGGGGACCUAGAGAUCAGCACUGAAGGCAACUUUUGGGGUUAAACUGAUCAAGAACGGUUUAACCCAGUAAGGUGAGAGUGCAUUUGGGGGCGUCCUGGCACCAUAACAACCUAAUUUAGAUGUAGUUGCUAUGGUGACUGGAGUGUCCCUUUAAGUCUUCAAAGGAAGCCUAUUAUAAUACAUUGUUAAAUCUAUGAUUGUAUGCUAUGUUUCCCUUACAGAAUGUUUAUCCUUUAAAGAAGUUCUAGACAAUGUACAAAUAGCACAUGAUUCUCUGCUGUUUAAAUAGGUUUGAAAGUUGCUGGCCAGCCCUAAUGAAGGAUUCCCAUGGGGUGAUUAUUGUUUUUAAUCCUGACAUUCCAAGUCACCUUAAGGAGAUUGACAUGUGGCACAGCACCUUUAUACAGAAGCAACGAUUGCAGGAAAAUCAGUGCCUCCUAAUUGCUCACCACAAGCCUGGAUCAGGUGAUGAUGGGGAACGCCCAGAUUUAUGUAAGUAUAUUCCAUUCUUCAGCUCAUAGAUGGAAUGUCAUAAUUAAUCUUUAGAGGCAUUAUUUUUUAAUAGUGAGGCCUUAACGAAAGGUGCCACUUUACCGCCUGUGGCACACCUACACUAAAUGUCGCAACUCCAAAUUCAUGUGAUGUCAGAGCAAAAUGUCACAUAUUGGUGAUUUUUAUCUAGUGCCCAAGAGGGUAUUACCCUUGCCGUGUGAGAAUAUGUUACUGAGCUGUUGUAGUUCGACUUGAAGUUAAUUUUAAUGAAUUGGAGAGCCUCCAAUUCAUGUCUAAUUUAGAAUAAUAUCACGGUGGGUUUUAGUAAUUGAUUCCAUAUAAAUAUGCCUACAUUUUAAUUGCCUACAAACAUAGAAAUGUUAUUAUCAGUAAAUGAUUAAUGUUGCAUUUCCCUUUUUUGAGAUUAGCUUUUGCAGCGAUAUGAGAACUGUGCCUCCUCACCAGGUAGGUCAAUGACUCAGAUUUGUUGCUUUGUUGGCAUCCAGUGACUAAAACUGAACUUUAUAAGGGCGCUAUAGGCACCCAGGCCACAUACCGUAAUCUCAAAUAAGUUGUCUGGGUGCCAUGCCUCCUCCCCCCAUUUUAACCCUGCAGUUGAAAACAUUGCCAUUCUAUUGAACAGCAAUGAUUUAAUUGCAGGGUUUACGUUCCGGCUGUCACUCAGACAAAUAGAGCUUUACUCUGCUUUGUCUAUCAGAUAGUCCCAGAGAUUCCAUCUGAUUGGCACACCGUGGCAUUUUGCCGUGCAUAAACAUUAGCCUCCCAAUGCAAGGAAAGCAUUGGAUUGGCUACGUUUUUAAAGGAGGCAUGCCAGAAUGACCGAGAUCGGCACUGCGAGAGAGAAUAGUUAAGUAACAUGCACCUUCCUGCAGGUGGGGGCCAGUCACCUAAAUGGCCAUCAUGGUACUAUAGCGUUAGGAAUAAACAAUAGUACACACAAUGCUAUAGUAUUUCUUUAAAUAUAAAAAAGUUAUUUUUUUUUUUUUUUUGCUAGUGGUACUCUUACAUGGAAUGUAACCCGUUAUAGAAGGAAAUCCACCACAGUUUCUGUUUGCUUUUUAAUCUAACUCUGUUUUAAAUUGUUUAUUUUAUUUGAUCCAACACAUGCAUGGACACAGGCUUUCUAGUAGAUUGUUUUACAACCAGCAAUCUGUGUGUUUCCAAACAGCCAGAAAACAAGUGAAAUUUACCUCACAGCAACUCAGACUGCACAGGGCAUAUUUAUCAGAGUUUUCUGAAAAGGGGAGAUCAUUCCCAUCAUUAUUUUGAUUGUAUUUGUAAAGUGGCUUAAACAUAAAGUUUUUCUAAAUGACACCAGUUGUUGCAGAAAAUUCCUUUUCAGAAGUUUGCCAAAUUUAUAGUAGUGGAAAAAAAUCUAAAAAAAAUAAUUCUAAAAGAAUGCAUUAUGAUUUUUUUUUAUUAACCCCUUAAGGACCAAACUUCUGUAAUAAAAUGGAAUCAUAACAUGUCACACAUGUCAUGUGUCCUUAAGGGGUUAAAGGAGCACCUUAACAUUAGGAGUACAAACAUACCCUGAAACCUAAAAAAUAAAUAAAAAGCAGGACAACAUUCUAAUGCACAAAUGAGCAUGGGAAAAUUUGGUGUCUUCAUGCAAAGCGUGAAGAUACCGAAUGUCGGUCCUGCAAAGAUUGCAGGACAGCAAUAGGAAGCAUCUUUAGUAGCUGAUGGAAUGACAGCCACUAGAGGUGUUCUUAGAGAUGAAUGUAAACACUGCCUUUUCUCAGAAAAAACAAAGUUUGCAAUUGAGAGAUUGCAAGGAGCACCAGAACCAAUACACUGAACUGUUCUGGUGUAAAACCCUUCUUAAAUAAAAUCUAUAAUCCAUUGCACAGUAACCACAUGGUGAUGAACGUUCUAUUAGAAAGGAAUAUGUAGUGAGUGAAAAGUAAAAUUUUGCAACAUGAAUUUAUGGACUCUAGGUGGCAGUGUAACACAGCUUUAAAGUUGAUGGACAUUUUUUGUUUCGACACUGCAAAAACUUUCAUUUUUUCAUUUAUAUAUGAAACAUAACACAAUAUAAAUAACAUCUAAAACAAAGUGUGAGAAAUUGACCCAUUGUGUUAUUUUCCAAGUUCUGCAUGGUAUUUUAACUGGGAAUGUCAAAAUACUGUUAGUUUUUACUGCAAUAAAACACAUAUUUGUAUUAUGUUGUACAAUGAUCCAGAAAAACAUAGUCACAUAGAGAGUGUUUUGAAUUAAUAGUUUAACUCUGUAGUUUAAAACAUUCAGACGUGCAUAGGCCAGGUAAGGGAAAUAAUAUGUAAAGUACCCACUAACUCCUAUUUUUCUGGGGUGACUUUUUGUGGGCAGUGGGUGGGAUUCUACUAGGGAAGUGUCUUCAACAGAGUCUUUAAAUGUUUAGAGUGCAAUGAUGAGGGAUUAGGGGCUGACAAAAUAAAAUAACGAAGUAGCAAAGAACACAGGUGACACUCCAAGGUCUAUGAUGGUGUGUUUAUUAGAGGGUAAGUCUCCUCACAGAUAAGUGCAAUGUUUCGGCUCUAUAGAGCCUUAAUUAUUACCCUCUAAUAAACACAUCAUCAUAGACCUUGGAGUGUCGCCUUUGUUCUUUCCUACUUCGUUUGACUUUGACAGAUUGCGGUGUCUGCUGCCUUCACAGGGCACCUGCCAGGUCGAUGACCAGUGAUUGAGCAUAACCUGAGUGCGGGUGCUGAAUUGUUUCUUGUACAAUAUAAUAACUGACUGAAGCUUCAGGGUGAAUUCCAGGAGAGUUAGUUGCUUCCCUUUGGCUGCUCUUUUGUACAGUAUAUAUACUGCAAUCUGGACAAAGCAGGUGACAACGUUUUUAUACAGGUCUUUGCUUUAUCAGCAAAAUCUACUCCCUCCAUAUGCUUGUUGUAUUCAACAAUACACUUUGACUUCUUGAUUUGUGUAUUGUUUCUGCAGACUGACAUUGUGCACUCAUCAUGAAUUGUGGAAAAAAUGUACAUGUCCUUUCUAUCAGUGUACUUAAGGGCCAGCACCUCAUCAUGGCGCAAAGCAGUUGUUGUCCUUUUGCGGUUUUGCCAGCGGUCAGCUUCUGGGGGAAACCUUUAUGGUUUUUCUGCACUGUGCCACAGGCUAUAGUAUCAAAGUAAAAUGUAUUUUAAAAUAAAUCGCCAUAGCCUCCCAACGCUUAAAUGUGUUUUUAACACUGUAGUGUCAGGAAUACACGUUUGUAUUCUUGACACUAUAUUGCUCCUUUAAUUGGAGGACGAGAUCACAUACAAUUUUGCUGAUGGUUCCAACAAAAUCAGUGCAGCCAGGUGGAUCUAGUUGAAUGUCUUUUAUUGCAUAAAUGCAAAAUUCCCAGUUAUUACCCAGUGUUGUAUUCUUACAACUUAUAAAAUAGGGAGCCUGCUUUAAUGGAAUGUACUGCUUGAAAAACAGUCUUCCUUGUACUUAAAAAGGGACUCGUCAAUGCAGAUAUUUUGGUCAGGGGUGUAAUUUUCUGAAAAAUGUUUUUAACAAGUUAUCAGUUAGGGGCCUAAUUUUGUGUAGAAGGUCAUACUGUGGUUUAUUUCUUGGUGGAAAGUGGGUGUUAUUACUGAAAUGGAAGAAGCUGUUAAUACCUAUCCCUCUUCAUAAUUCACAGAAAAAGAUGGAUAGCUAGGAUGGGGUGCUUGUGCCAGUAAUUCCCAAUCCAUUUUUUUUUCACAAUCCGCAUUACUAGCAUGAGUGCCCAGAAUCUACUUAAGUGCUGUCACAUAUUCUUGCUACUGUAGUGAGAAUCAGGAUUGGCAGUGAGAUAUGCUGGCUGGAAUUCAAAUUAGUUUGCGCAGCCAUGAGCUCAAACAUGCCAUCCAUCAUAAACAGGCUAAAAAUGUUUUCUUUCUCACAAUGAUCAAUUCUAGUUUUGAUUCUAGUGGUUGGCAAAAGGGGGCAUUUCAGGGGCACGGGGGUCACCAUCACCAGAAGGCUCGCCUAGGGGCUUUACAUACAACGCAGUAAGUGUCUCCCUGUCAGAUAGCUCAAAGGAGUCACUCUCUUCUGACUCACGCAUCAACAUGGCGUUAGCCUCCUCCGCAGUGUAGUAAUAGAACAUGAUGACUUUUUAAUGGAUGACAUCAUUUUUUUCUCUACCCGACUAACAAUCCCCUCUAAUGCCACUUUCAGCUGCAGAACCCAAAACCCAAAAAGGAAAAUUGACGACUGAUCACAGAAUAAAAUUCUAAGAUUAGCUCUAAAACUGUUAUAUAUUUUUUGGUUUUUUUAAUUAAAGUGGGGUACAAAAAAACAACAAAUGCCAGCAUAGGUAAGAUAAAAUGCUCUGAUUCACUAUACCGUCAUUAGGGCAUUGGAAAGGGUUAAAAAAACCCACUAAAAAUAGUUAAAAUAAUACAAAUCUGCCCCCCGCCCCCACCAAUAAAAAAAAAUCUAAGCAAUACUAGUGUACUGAUCACUCUGAUCACAUUAUUAACACUGUGAUCAGCAGUGAAAGGAUUAAAUAGAAUAAUGUUUAUUUAUAUUUGUUUAGAUACAGUAAAACAAUGAUCACGGUGACAAAUAAAAGUAUGUAAUUUAAAAAGCAUUACUUAACGCAAUUGUUUAAACUUAUUCUGAUGUUAAGCUAGACCACAAAUGUGAAAUAAAAAUUACAGGUCAUCAUUUUGUGUGUGUGAUCUUUAACAACAGUAUAAUAAUACCGCGUUGUACUUGUUUUUCACAGCCUCUGCACUUUCCAGAUUGACACUUGUACAUUCCAACCUUGAAGAAGACCCUGAAGAUUUAAGAAUGGAAUUUAUAAAAUUUGUAAGAGGUGUUGUAAGUUCAUUAUCGGAAAGCAGAGACAUAGAAGAGAUGUCCAUUAUUACCUAAUCCUGCAGUGACUGCCGCUAAAUUAUGCCGGGUGUCAACAUCAGGCUGGUUUCAGAUGGAGCAUAACCAAUUACUGGAAAAGAAACUGAUAACAGCAGUUUUGUAAUGAUGGAAAAAAGUCCAACAUACAAUUUCUCAAAAUUACAUGUCAGAUGUUUAUGUAAAUAUGUUAUUUUUCAAUCAUGUGUUUUUUUUUCUUCUUACAGGACAUGUUUGGUUUUCAGAUUAAGAGAUGUGUGUUGUAAUAAAAAAUUAGCACUGUAUAACAUGCAAAGUUCUUACAAAAAUAAUAAAUUAUUAAGCAC